UCGACAUUUGUACCUACGCGGGCACCCCUCGUGCCACCUCUUCCACGCGAGCCGUUGUCCUCUGUCCACCUACGACUUCAUAACGAUUGGCUGUCUCCCCGACGUAGCCUCUGUUCCGUCUUCUCUCGCUCUUCGCUCCUCCGAAUUCCAACUAGUCGUGCGGGCCUGCAGCCUCAGCGUCCACCCACCGACACGACACCCCUUCUACAUCCGCGCUCUCCCAAGACAACCUCGCAUGAUUAUCCCCUGUGCACCACAACACACCACGACUGCUCUCACACCCCCUCCCCACAAUGGCCUCGUCGUCAGGCUCAGGCUUGACGCGGCGAAGAGGCGCCGGUACAGGAGGCAACGACAAUGAAGACGGCACCCCCCGAGUCGCCUCCCCGGCCCCCACCACCACCAACAAGCGCAACGAAGACUUUCGCUCUCCGGAGACGGGGUACGAGAGCGGCGCCAACGGCCAUAAGAUUGCCUUCGACCCGCGCGACAUCUCCGAGAACGUGGAGCGGUCGAAGCAGCCCAAGCUCACGCUGAUGGAGGAGGUGCUGCUCAUGGGGCUGAAGGACAAGCAGGGCUAUCUCAGCUUUUGGAAUGACAAUAUUUCGUAUGCGCUGCGGGGGUGCAUUGUCAUUGAGUUGGCGUUUCGAGGGCGCAUUAGUAUGCAAAGAGAUACUUCGCGGAGACGCUUUCCGCUGCCUGAUCGGGUGAUUGAGGUGGUGGAUGAUACGCUGACGGGCGAGGUGCUGCUGGAUGAGGCCUUGAAGAUGAUGAAGAGCUCCGAGAAGAUGAGCGUGAGCUCGUGGAUAGAUUUGAUGUCUGGCGAGACAUGGAAUCUCAUGAAAAUCGGGUACCAACUCAAACAAGUACGCGAACGACUAGCCAAGGGCCUCGUGGACAAGGGCAUCCUCCGCACGGAAAAGCGCAACUUCCUCCUCUUCGACAUGGCCACUCAUCCAGUCGCAGACGGCGGAGCAAAAGACGAAAUCCGACGCCGUGUGCGGGCAGUUCUGACGCAACGCACUGUCGUGUUGCCCGCCUCCACCUUCCUGCCCGAGGAAAUGGAGUUCCGAUAUCUACGAACGGUGUGCAUGCUCUGCGCAUCGUAUGCGGCGAACGUGCUGGAGAACGCAUUGGUGACGCUCAGCCAUGAAGCUCGGGAACGGGCCUUUGCCCAGGUGGACGAGUUGCUUGCCGAGUAUUCUCAAUGGCCUUUCGGCCGACGGGCCGGCGGCAAUGCUGCUAUUGGUGCCAAUGUCGAUCAGGUGAUCCGAGAAGAGGUGAAUGGGGCGAAGGAGAAAGAGCUGCAGCUUGAGGUGGUCGCUGCUUGUUUGAGUGUCUUCACUCGCCUCGACUCUCUGCUCUGAAAUUUCUUGCGGGCUAACAGAGGAGACUGUCAGGUAGCUACUACCACCACUUGCAUGCCCACGCGCCGCCUCCGAGUAACCUGCAGCUUGGAUCGGUUUGGUAAGGAGGCAACGCGAGCCUCUCGGUGGCAUGCACGUGGCCGGCUGGCUUGGUGGGGGCGAGGGCGCACGGCGACGUUACAAUAUGAUUGGUUGUGUGCUCUGAGCAAGCGAUCUGUACCUACUCAGGACUUGCGGUUGUAUGCUUUGCGAGGAGCGUGGCAUUGCGUGGCGUUUGAGGAGUCGAGGGGAAGGACGUGGGAGGGCAUAUGCCGAUAGCAACUCUAUUCGCGUAUGUACUCUACUUUACAGCUACCUAUUCAAUACUGCGGACUUGCUCUUGGC